AUGGCAGGAUCAUGCUGGGCAUUCGCGGCGGUGGCGGCGAUCGAAGGCAUGAACAAGAUUAGGACAGGGGAGCUGGUGUCUCUGUCCGAGCAGGUACUUGUGGAUUGCGACACACGGAGCGGCGGCUGCGGCGGCGGCCACUCAGACUCGGCUAUGGCCCUCGUGGCCGCCCGUGGUGGCAUCACGUCAGAGGAGAGGUACCCAUACGCCGGAUUCCAGGGAAAGUGCGACAUGGACAAGCUCCUCUUCGACCACCAGGCGUCCCUCAAGGGCUUCAAGGCCGUGCCACCCAACAACGAAGGUCAGCUGGCGAUUGCCGUGGCCAUGCAGCCCGUGACCGUCUACAUUGACGCCAGCGGUUUUGAGUUCCAGUUCUACUCCGGCGGCAUCUACCGUGGCCCCUGCUCCGCCAAUGUGAACCACGCCGUCACCAUCGUCGGCUACUGCGAGGGUCCCGGCGAGGGAAACAAGUACUGGAUUGCCAAGAACUCGUGGAGCAACGACUGGGGUGAACAAGGAUAUGUCUACCUCGCAAAGGACGUGCCCUCGUCCACGGGCACAUGUGGCCUCGCCACCUCGCCCUUCUACCCCACGGCUUGA